CCAUCAACGCAGCCGUGAUCAAUCGAUUGCCUGAUGCAAGAGUAGGGAUAGUAGUAGAUGGCAGCCUGCUGUGGUCUAACAGCUGCUGUGACACUACAUGCCCCGGCGUGAGAGACUAGCAAGGCUGGCUGCGACUUAUGGUUUCACAGCAGCUGUGGUGACCUACAUACAGUGCUACGACUGCUGUACAUCUGAAGCGCAUAGCCUCAAGGAACAAAUCAACUACCGUUUUUUUUUUUUAUCAACUAGCACUGGCUGGCUACGGAAGCCCGCGGGUGCCUAUCUUAGCGCGAGCUGAUUGUAAAGUAUGUGUAUGUGAAGGCGCGACCAAUCGCUGCCAGAGCAGUGCCCUUACGUGCAGUCAGCCCAGGAGCAGACACUCAGGAGAGUGAGUGGCACGAUGAGGCUGGUCGGGCUGAGAAAGUGCGCAGAGCUGAUUCGGGUCACUGGGUUGGCUGAGUACCACACGUCCUACAGAGUGUUGGCCACUUUAUCAGAUGAAAAGAAGGACCUUAUUCAAAAUGGGCCAGACCUGGGUGAUUUCAUAUCUGGGGACUUGACAGACAAACACGUUUGGGCAGAUUACAAAGGCAACCUGAAACGGCAGAAGGGAGAGAGACUAAGACUUCCACCUUGGGCAAGGUCUGAAAUUCCGAUGGGCAAAAAUUACAAUAAAUUGAAAAACACAUUGCGAAAUCUGAAUCUUCACACAGUAUGUGAAGAAGCUCGGUGUCCCAACAUCGGAGAGUGCUGGGGAGGUGGAGAAUAUGGCACGGCUACUGCAACGAUCAUGUUAAUGGGAGAUACGUGUACCCGCGGCUGCCGCUUCUGCUCUGUGAAAACUGCUAAGAAUCCUUCACCCCUGGACCCAGAUGAACCAUACAACACUGCUAAAGCCAUAGCGGACUGGGGACUGGACUAUGUGGUCCUGACGUCUGUGGACAGAGAUGAUCUCCCAGAUGGGGGCGCUGAACAUAUUGCAAAAACUGUGUCUCAUUUAAAAGAAAGGAAUUCAAAGAUUAUUAUCGAGUGCCUAACGCCAGACUUCCGAGGGGAUAUGAAAGCUGUAGAAACCAUCGUCCAUUCUGGGCUGGACGUUUACGCCCACAACGUAGAGACCGUGCCAGCCUUACAAAGGCAGGUACGUGACCCACGUGCUAAUUUUGAGCAGUCUGUGAGUGUGUUGAGACAUGCUAAGAAUGUUCAUCCUGACAUCGUUACAAAGACCUCCAUCAUGCUGGGUUUGGGAGAGACAGAUGAGCAGGUCCAUGAGACAAUAACAGCUUUGCGAGAAGCAGACGUGGACUGUUUGACUCUCGGUCAGUACAUGCAGCCGACAAAGCGUCACCUUAAGGUUGAAGAAUAUGUCACACCGGAGAAGUUUCAGCACUGGGAGAAAAUAGGCAACCAGUUAGGUUUCCUGUAUACGGCCAGCGGCCCUCUGGUGCGAUCAUCGUAUAAAGCAGGUGAAUACUUUUUGAAGAAUUUGGUGGAGAAGAGGAAAACUAAAGCCAUUUAAGGAAGGAAAUUCAAUUUUUAUGUGGACUGUCGCACCAGGGACCCAGAAAUAUGUCAUGAAUAGGCUAAGCCGUGUACCCUGGCAUUGUGAACUCCUUACCCGCCUAAGGAAUGCAAUCUGGGUUAAUACAGAAGAGACAGACAGGUGAUGUGGGGUACAUGCGGAGGGUAGGCUAUUUCAGGAACAACCUUACAGACUGCAUCUGCCUUGUAAUGUGCACAUACCUUACUAACAGUGAUGCAGGCGAUUUCCUUGUGUGCAUAAAGAAAACUACACAAUGGAUGUGUUAUUGCUGUAACAGCUGCCCUACACACAUUUUCUCCAUGUUUACUUAGUGUUGUCUUGAACUUGCAAAUCAAAACAUUUCUCAAAAUCACAGCGAUGUAGUAUGGUGUAUAGUCCAGCAUACGGAACGUUGCUGACCGUUUUGGAUUAUUUAAAAUAAUUAAAUACAUUAAUGAAUAAAAGAAUAGGAUAUUUAUUGUCUAUGAAUAAAGAAAAAUUAUCCUCA